AUGUACCAUUUCCCAAUAACCACAUGUCGUGGGGACGGUGCACGUGUACCACCUGUACCUGUUUAUAGUUCAUCAAGUGGGAUUACAUCACAGAAUCUAUUAUCAGGAUCUGAUUUAGUUGGUCCUUCAACUUCACAAAAUGAAAUACCUUCCAAAAGAGGUAGACCGUCGACUAUACCACGUGAGAUUAGAGAAGAAACACGUCGACUGAAAAAACAGAAUAUGGAACGUCGACGACGUGCUUCGAUCUCAGAUAAAAUGAACGCUUUGCAUAGUUUAGCUAUGGAGCUGAUUGGAAUUAAUCCUGAUGAGAGUCAAAAGCUUGAGAAGGUUGAUAUGUUAAGUCUUUGUUACACCGUAUUGGAACUAGUUGCUAAUAUCGCUAAAGAUAAACCCGAACUACAAGCACGUUUGAGGAAACUACGUCAUAGUUUGUAUGACGUGACAUCUUCCUCUCCUACCAGCAAUGACAUUCCAUCCUCCGCCUCCUCGUCGUCAUCAUCGACAUCUCGGUCGACGUCAGCGACGAAGAAGCUGGAUAAAUUCACUAAAUCAUUGCAUAAAGUGGCCAUAGCAGCAACAGCGACAGCAGAAAGUCGAAAACGAGACUAUGCGUUUGUGACGAAUAAACUUUCUGAAGAAGAAGAAUAUUCUGUUGUGAAUACUAAUUCAUCUUCUGAAAUAACACGAAUACUACCAUCGUCUUUCUUCCAAUCAAAUGCCGAUACAACUACCACUGCUAAUCCUAAUACCACUAAUACUUCUACUGCUACUACUACUGCUAACAUUCCUCAGUCUACCCAGCUGGUGAUUGAUGAAGACAAUAAAGAGAAUAAGAUACCGAAAUUGAUUAUUAAAAAUGCAUUUUGGAAUAAAAGCUGUUCAGUAAUGAAGAACAUUACCACGAAUACCGUUACAACACCACCAACAAUCCCUUUUAGUUAUGUGCACAAUUCAUCUUCUAAGUCUACUCCAUUGCCUUCAAAAUCAUCAUCAUCAUAG